AUGAAGUUUUCAUCCCCCUUUGCCUCUCUGCUGGCUCUUGUCUCUAUUACUGCUGCUGUGCCUAAGAGCCGUAAUGACGGUGUUAUUCGGAUUCCUCUUGCCCGCAAGAGCGCUGACGUCGCCGGGCAUGUUGAUAUGAGUGCUCUCAGUGCACACCUCUUCAGCGUUUCGAACAAGUAUCGUCAGACAUUUUCUGCAUUCGAAGCUAAUACCGGUUAUGCUCAUCCUUUGAGCGCGAAGAUGAGGUCUUCUAUAAGAGAGCGUGAUGUUCCGCUCAUCAACCAGGGAACUGAGCUGUGGUAUGGCGAAAUCGAUGUGGGCACGCCACCACAGACGUUUAACGUAUCUAUCGACUCAGGAAGCACGGACCUUUUCCUUCCGUCUGCGUCCUGCAUGGACUGCGCAGGCCACAAGAUGUAUCACGCUGCCGCGUCUUCUACAGCCAAGGACGAAGGAAAAUUUGUUCCCCUCUCGUAUGGUGAAGGUCGAGUAAUAGGAGAUGAAUAUAGCGAUGACGUGUUCCUUGGUGGCUACGAGGCUUCCAGCCAGGCAUUCCUUGCUGCCUAUGAGUACUCCAGCAACUUCGCGUAUCCGGAUUUCGAACCUGACGGUCUUCUCGGUUUUGCUUUUGAGGAAAUAUCUGGUCUUGAGGCUAAGUCAGUCUUUGAGACAAUAAGUGACAGUGGCGUACUCCCAGAACGCGUGUUCAGCGUCGAACUUUCUUCUACAGCCGGGGAGAGCGAGCUCAGUAUCGGAGCGACGAACCCCAAUCUCUACAUUGAAGACACCUUGACCUAUACGGCCGUUACCCAGGAAGGCUACUGGCAGGUGAAUCUAGAGGCAGUUUCGCGAGAUGGCUCUAUUGUUGCCAGUAACAGCGCAUCUAUUAUCGAUACCGGGACCACGAUGAUCAUCACAACUGAUGCUGCAGCGGAGGCAUACUACCAGGAUAUUCCAGGUUCAAGCAACAGUACUCAAGAGGGAAUGACAUAUUAUACCAUUCCGUGCGACACGAUCGGAUCAUACACUCCCACAUUCUCAUUUGGUGGGCGCGGCUUCGAUGUUUCAGAGGGAACGUUCAAUCUUGGUCCAGAGAGCGAGGGUUCAAGCGACUGCGUGGGAGGUAUUGCUGGGAUGUCAGAUCUUGACUUUUGGGUUGUCGGGGGCAUUUUCCUGCAGAACGUUUACACAGUAUUCGAUCAGGGAAACACUCAAGUGGGCUUUGCCGAACUGGCAUAA